UUCCAAAACAAAACAAAAAAACCCCUUAACAACAACAAACACAACAACACACUCUUCUCUCAAAACGCCGAACCCCAAUUUCUUCAAUCCCUAAUAUUUCAUUUCACAUUUUUCUCUCACACCUUCGUUUUGAAGAACCCUUUUCUCUCAAAUUCCAAACCAAGUUCCGUUUUUGAUCGCAACCCAACUUUCGUCAUCCUUCAUAUUCAAUGCCCAUUAUCUCUUUUUCCCAUUUCUCUAUUCCCUCACUUCGUUAUUGAUUUGCCCCUUUCACUCUCCAACUGUGUUGGGAUUCACCUUUUUCGUUAGGGUUUUAAUAAUCUUAACCCUUUUUCUUCUUUUAGCUAAGCAACUUUCUUUUUAUUUUUCUGCCGUGUUUUGAUUCAUUGGGUAUUUUCUUCCAAAAUCUAAUUUUUAUUUUUAUUUUCUGGGGAUUCUGAAAUUGUUGUGUUCUAUGUGUUUUUGUUGUGUUUAGAUAUAAUAUAACCUAGAAUUGGUUAAGUUGAUUUUUUUUUUUUUUUUUUUUAAGAUUUUGUUAUUAAAGUUUUGAACUGCACUAGGAAUAAAUUUGUAUUUGUAUCCUGGUUUAUUUGUUGUUGUAUUCACUGUAUCUAUUUUCCCCUUCAAGAGUUUGAGGGGAAAAUCAAUUGCUACAAGCUUUUAGUGUGGUGUUUUAGUUGGUUUAGAUUUCAACAUUGGUUAUUGGGGUUUAUUAUUAUCAAGAAGAGGUUGUAGUGGUGGUGGUGGUGUAUUGGGUUGGUAGGUUAACUUGAGAGGGUUUAAAGUUAAAGGUUUUUGCAUGGGAGAACAUGAAGAGUGGGCACAGCCACAAAGUGGGCUAUUGCCAAAUGGUUUAUUACCAAAUGAAGCUGCUUCUGUGAUACAGGUGCUUGAUUCGGAGCGGUGGGCGAAGGCUGAACAAAGAACUGCAGAGCUUAUUGCCUGCAUUCAGCCUAAUUCACCCUCUGAGCAACGCCGAAAUGCAGUUGCAGAAUAUGUCCAAAAGUUGAUCACAAAGUGCUUCCCUUGUCAGUUACAGGUGUUCACCUUUGGGUCGGUUCCUCUAAAAACUUAUUUGCCUGAUGGAGAUAUUGACUUAACAGCAUUUUGUAAGAAUCAAACUUUGAAGGAUAAUUGGGCACAUCAGGUUCGUGACAUGCUGGAGAACGAGGAGAAGAAUGAGAAUGCAGAUUUUCAUGUCAAGGAGGUUCAGUACAUCCAGGCUGAAGUUAAGAUUAUAAAAUGUCUUGUUGAAAAUAUCGUAGUAGACAUUUCAUUUAACCAGCUUGGAGGAUUGUGCACCCUUUGUUUUCUUGAGGAGGUUGAUAGUCUGAUUAACCAAAAUCAUUUAUUCAAGCGUAGCAUUAUACUGAUAAAAGCUUGGUGUUACUAUGAGAGCCGUAUACUUGGUGCCCACCAUGGACUUAUCUCAACUUAUGCAUUAGAAACUUUGGUUCUUUACAUAUUUCAUGUUUUCAACAAUUCCUUUGCCGGACCACUUGAGGUUUUGUAUCGAUUCUUGGAGUUCUUUAGUAAGUUUGAUUGGGAUAAUUUUUGCGUAAGUUUAUGGGGUCCAGUACCAAUUAGUUUACUCCCGGAUGUGACAGCUGAACCUCCUCGAAAAGAUGCAGGAGAGUUACUGCUGAGCAAAUCAUUUCUUGAUGCCUGUAGCUCAGUUUAUGCUGUUUACCCUGGUAGUCAAGAAAAUCAGGGGCAACCCUUUGUUUCCAAGCAUUUCAAUGUCAUUGAUCCUUUGCGUGUCAACAAUAACCUUGGCCGCAGUGUCAGCAAAGGUAAUUUCUUCAGGAUACGCAGUGCCUUUGCAUUUGGGGCUAAAAAGUUGGCUAGGUUACUUGAUUGUCCGAAGGAUGAAUUGUUUCUUGAAGUCAAUCAGUUCUUUUUGAACACUUGGGACCGACAUGGAAGUGGGCAACGACCUGAUGUUCCAAGCAAUGACCUAUGGCGUUUGAGGUUAUCUAAUCAUGACCAAUCACAGAGUUCUGAGAAUCUCCGGAACAAUAAUCAUAAACUUGAUAAUACCUCCAAUCGUGAGUUUCAUGCUGAAAGGGAACAAUUUUCACAUAGUGGUGUAUCUCAGCAUAGCAAUGUUUCUACAUAUUCCCGUCCUCAUAGUCAAAAGAGUCAUGUAAACCAAAAUAAUUCAAGGAAUUUGGAUCAAGCUCGAAGGGAAACUACUACUACUCAAGUUGAUAAAAGUCAGAGAAAUGUGAAAACUGAUAACCCAGUCAAUGAUCUUCGUGGCAGGUUAAUAUUUGCCAGGACACGUUCUAGCCCUGAGCUGACUGAUUCGUACGGUGAAGUUUCUUCCCAAGGAAGGCGUACAAGAGCAACUGAAAGCGUUAAAGGCCAGAAUGUUUUUGUAAAGUUGGAGAAUGGUCGUAGGAAGAAUUUUGAGCCAGACGUAGCUGCAAGAGUUGAUGAUUCAUCCGGUAGGCACUCAUCUCGUCAAGUUGUUGGCAGUGCCGCGGAAUCGAUCAGUAAUCAUGAUGAACCAAACUCGGGUGUCAUGGGUGAAGAGCAUGCAGCUGUUGCCGGAGCAGGUGGAAUGCAGAUGAUGAAUCAGGAGGAGCAAGACCUUUUGAAUAUGAUGGCAUCUCCCACCGCUCAAGGUUUCAGUGGUCAGGCCCAUAUGCCAAUGAAUUUACCUCUAGGUCACCUACCAUUCCCAUUUCCACCUUCCAUUCUUGCAUCAAUGGGAUAUGGUCAAAGAAAUAUGGCUAAUAUCCCCUUUAUUGAGGCACCUUGGGGUACAAAUAUGCAAUUUCCUCAAGGUUUAGUCCCUUCACCAUUGCAUCCAUAUUUCCCUGGAUUCGGAUUGGCCUCAAAUCCUCAAGAUUUAGUUGAAACUGGCAGCGAGAAUUUCAGUUCUGUUGAAAUGAAUGCAGUGGAAGCUGAUAAUGAUUUCUGGCAUGAGCAGGAGAGAAGUUCUGCUAGUGGUGUUGAAGCCGAUAAUGGAAAUUUGGAAAUGAUUCCAGAUGAUAAACAACAGUCAACUUCAGGUAGUUAUCAUUUUGCCCCAUCUUCUCGGGCAGGCAAUUCUAGUAGUUCUGCCAGAACUCACCAGAAGUUCACUAGAGAAAAUCGAGGGUCAAUGAGAGAAGAGCAUGUUGAUAAUUUUCAUUAUCAAGAUGGCCGGAGAAAUGAGGUUUAUUUGGAUGAUAGAAUAGCAAAUUCUGAAUUACCAAGUGCACCACCUUCAAGCUCAUUCAGAAGUAAGAGCCCUUCAGAAAGCUCGUGGGAUGGAUCGUCAGCCAAAUCCUCAAAAUCGACAAGGGAAAAAAGGGGCAAGAAAAGUUCUCCCUCAGUGCCUGCAGCUGGUUAUGGUAAGGGUAAAAAUGUAUCAGAAAUUUCAUCUAAUCGAACAGAUGACGAAAACAAAGAGUGGACUCCUUUGUUGACUAUGUCAUCUGAUAUGUCUGACAGAAGCACUGAGCCUGCAACUGGUAGGCAUCAAAUAUCUGGUUUUGAAGCUGCUCAGACAAGUGGAUCAGAUUCUCCAUUACCCAUAGCUCCUGUGAUUUUAGGUCCUGGUUCUCGCCAAAGAGCUGUUGAUAAUUCUGGAGUUCUUCCGUUUGCAUUUUAUCCUACAGGUCCUCCAGUACCAUUUGUUACAAUGCUUCCCUAUUAUAAUUUUCCGAGUGAGUCUUCUGAGACAUCAACAAGCAACUUCAAUGGGGAAGAAGGGGUGGAGAACAGUGAUUCUGGUCUAAAUUUUGAUUCGUCCGAGGGAUAUGACCACGAGGUGUCAAGCCCUUCAAAUUCAAUGGCAAGGGUGGGUAUUGAGCCAUCUUACCACAAGCCUGAUAUUCUUAAUAGUGACUUUGCUAGCCACUGGCAAAAUUUGCAAUUUGGGCGAUUUUGUCAAAGUCCGUGUAGUCCUCCAUCAAUGAUGUACCCUUCGCCUGUUAUGGUGCCUCCCGUUUAUUUGCAGGGUCGUUAUCCUUGGGAUGGUCCUGGGAGACCUCCUUCAGCUAACAUGAAUCUCGCCACUCAGCUCAUGAACUACGGGCCACGUCUUGUUCCCGUUCCUCCUCUACAAUCGGUUUCAAAUAGACCUGCAAAUAUUUAUCAACGUUUUGUAGAAGAUAUGCCUCGGUAUCGAAGUGGUACUGGAACAUACCUGCCAAAUCCGAAGGUUUCUGUUCGAGACCGCCAUUCGACGAAUACCAGAAGGGGAAACUACAACUAUGAUAGAAGUGAUCAUCAUGGUGAUAGAGAAGGGAACUGGAAUACGAAUUCAAAGUUGCGAUCAUCUGGGCGUGGCCAUAAUCGCAACCAAGGUGAGAAGCCAAACUCAAAAUCGGAGCGGUUGGCAACUAGUGAGAGCCGUGCUGAGAGGCCAUGGAGUACACACAGACACGACUCUUUCAUUCCUCACCAGAACGGUCCAGUCCGUGGAAAUUCCUCGCAGAACAGUCACGGGAAUGUAGCAUAUGGAAUGUACUCUAUACCUGGCAUGAACCCUGGUGGCGUAUCAUCAAAUGGACCAACAAUGCCAUCUGUUGUUAUGUUGUAUCCUUAUGAUCAUAAUGCUGGCUACAGUUCACCGGCAGAGCAGCUAGAGUUCGGGUCAUUGGGACCAAUGGGUUUCUCGGGCGCCAAUGAACUACCGCAGCCAAAUGAGGGAAGUCGAUCUGGUAAUGGAGCACUUGAAGAGCAAAGGUUUCAUGGUGGCCCUGCUCAACGAUCUUCACCGGAUCAACCCUCCUCACCCCAUGUCUCAAGGGGUCCUGAUUCUAAUGUGAGAUAAGUGGCAAGGAGGAUCUUUAAUUGAAAGAGAUGAUGAUGAUGACAUGUACUUUAUUUUUUUUGUUAUAUCAAAGUAGAAACUUACUGGCUUAGGUUCAGAAUUUAGAAAUUUUACCAUGUUACAGAUCUGUCAGCUUCAGUUUUACAGUACUAGGGGUGUACUUGUGUUAGAACAUGCAGAAUAUCUUUGAUGAUGAACGUUUUGACAUUGUUAUACAGCUUAUCAAUGAAAUUGUCAUAAAAUAAUGUUAGAUGUAA